CCUGCUAACGUGCUUUUGUUUUCUUUCCAGAUCGGGGAGCGUAGCACAGAACUGGCACGAAAUAUUUGAUUUUGUACAGCAGCUGACAGAGAGAUUUGUGAGCCCCAAGAUGAGAUUAUCAUUUAUCGUGUUUUCCACCCGAGCACACGUCAUUCUGCCAUUAACUGGAGACAGAGAGAAAAUCAAGAAAGGUCUUAAGGAUUUGGAGGAGGUAAAACCAGCAGGUGACACAUAUAUACAUGAAGGAUUACAACAGGCCAACAUGCAAAUUGCGAAUCAAGGAGCCUCAAGGUUUUCUAGUAUUAUCAUUGCAUUGACAGACGGCAAGCUAGAUGGCCAGGUUCCCUUGUAUGCAGAGAAAGAGGCAAAAAAAUCCAGAGAGCUGGGAGCCAGAGUUUACUGUGUUGGUGUCCUUGAUUUUGUACAAGAACAGCUUGAAAGAAUUGCUGACACAAAAGAGCAAGUCUUCCCUGUCACUGGAGGAUUCCAAGCACUUAAAGGGAUAAUAAAUUCUGUUUUGAAGCAAUCUUGCACUGAGAUUUUAUAUUUGGAGCCAUCCAGUGUCUGUGUGGGAGAGGAAUUUGAAGUUGUUCUUAGAGGAAGCGGCUUAACCCUUGGUGGGAAAACCGACAGUGUUACUUGUACCUAUCAAGUGAACGGAACUACACUUCAUGAAAAACCAAAAACAGUGGAAUCUGACUUUUUGCUCUGCCCUGCACCAAUCCUAUACAGAAGCGGCCAAACUCUGGAAGUUUUGGUGAGUUUGAAUGAAGGGCAGUCUUUCAUGUCCAGCUCAUUAACAAUCACUGCUUCAGAGUGUUCGAGUGGAGUAGGGGCGCUGAUCGCUGUUCUCGUGCUGCUGCUGUUGGCGGCACUGGGUCUGCUCUGGUGGUUCUGGCCCCUCUGCUGCAAAGUGGUCAUCAAAGAUCCCCCUCCGCCUCUGCCAGCUCCCAAAGAGGAAGAAGAACAAGAGCCCUUGCCUACCAAGAAAUGGCCCACGGUGGACGCUUCCUACUAUGGUGGACGAGGAGUUGGAGGAAUUAAAAGGAUGGAGGUUCGCUGGGGCGAUAAAGGAUCCACUGAAGAAGGGGCUAGGUUAGAAAAGGCAAAAAAUGCUGUGGUGAAACUCCCAGAAGAACCAGAAGAACCUAUUCAUCCUAAACCACGUAAACCAAAGCCUACCUCACCAGCCAUUCAGGAGAAGUGGUAUACGCCAAUUAAGGGUCGCCUCGACGCGCUGUGGGCGCUGCUACGAAGACAGUACGACCGGGUCUCGUUGAUGCGGCCGCAGCAGGGAGAUGAGGGCCGAUGCAUCAACUUCACCCGAGUUCAGUCUCAGUAGCGGAGGAGAAGCGGAUGCCAGGAGGAAAGACAGCCCCAUUGCCACUUUUCAACCAAGCAGAGAGAACCGAGCGCUUCCUCACGUUUCUUGGCUCGUCCUCAAGCCCGAACUCAGGUUUCUGCGUCCCCGGAGCCGGCGUGGCCGUGCCCAGCUCCCAGCACCGGAGAGAGCAGCGCACGGGCUCGCCCGCCUGUGCUUCCGUGCAACACCAACGGGCUGACACAGACACCAAAGAUGAUCACGUUUUUCUAUUUUUGUUACUAUAUGUUUUUGUAAGGACUACAGAUCUCAGGACGCCAUGUGCUCCCAGCGGCGAUGCCGGGUUCCUGGGAUGCGGCGGCGGCGCGUGGUUUGGGCAGGGCCCGCCCGGGGCGGAGGGGAGCGGGUCCCAGCGGGCGCAGCCGGCGCGGGAGCCACGUGCCUUAAGCCAUGUCAGAUCACAAACCCUCGCCAGGCUCCCGCGCGCCCUGCCUUACGGGAACCUUCUGACUGGAAAUCUUGUCAUCCUCACACUGAAAAGUGCACACGCAUGACAAAAUGUAGACAGGAUGCCUCAAGGUAUUGGUAGCAAGACUUUGCCCUUUAGUUUCUGAAGACACCUUUCUUUCAUUAUGCACCCGGGACAGGAAGAAAAUUAAUAGAGCGUUAUUCCACGGGAAGACAGCCUGUAACCAGAGAUCUUGAGCGGAGUUUGAGGGACUGAUGCUUCAAGACCUUGACACUGUGGCUGGUGUUUUUUUCCCCUUUCCUGCAUUCAGAGUUCAGCAGCGCAUAAAACAUCAUCAUCUAUAAACAUACCUAGCAGUCGUAGGCUUACGUAUUUUUUUUUUUUUUAGAUUAAAAAAAGCAGUAGCCACUAAGCUGGUAUCUCAGGGUUUUUUUUCCCCCCCAAAUCUCCAAGGGCUCUUCAGCGUCACAAGCCAGCAACUCUCUUUGCAUGAGAAUUUCAAAGUUUAAUUAAUAUAAUUAAAGGCAACAGCAAGCAGCAGCCUGUGAAGAUUUUGCUCAUCUUUUUUAUGCCUUUUGACAUUGAAUGACCUAUUACUGUAUGUGCAUUACUCGGUUUGAGGGGGCACCGAGCAUUGGUUAAGAUCCAGCAGUGGAAAAAGACCUCCUUCCAUCAAUUUAGAAAUUAAAUAUAGGGGAGCGCUGGCCAUCACAAAACAUUGACAAUGUAUGUAUUAUAAUUUUUUAGAAAAACCAGUGUUGUGUCACGUCGACGAUGCCAAAUUAUGUUAGCGUGAGCGGAAACACUGUGGGGGAGGAAGGAGGGAGCAGCUGAAGAAAAAGGCUCAAAUGAUCCAGUCACUUUCGAUACUGUACUUCAGAUGCAAAAUGGAUAUUCGAGUCGAAACCUGACAAAGCGCGCCCGCUUUGAUGGGAACUGGUAUAGACAAUGACCAGUGGCUGGGUCAGUGGGAUGUCUCUCUGCGAGCAGGGAGGCUUAUCAAAUGACACUAAAAAUAAGUUCAACAACCAUCACGUUGGAGGGGAAAAGGCGAACAUUUCACAUUUGGUGGGCAUGAAUGUGCGCAAGAUGGAAAGAGCAAUGCGAAGCAUCCUGGUCUAAUUAUCUCCUUUGUGCUCUUCAUUGAAAUUGCAGGGGACGUAAAUAAUUCUCUUGGUCGAUGUCCAAAUUCGUGGCACUGCCCAAAGAAGCCUUUACAUAUAUCCACUCGCUUACAUCUUUUGCUUGAGUUUAUUUAUGUCACUGGUAGCCUCAUCAUCAACAGCCAUGUGUGCAACAUUAGACUAUAAAUAAAAUUAUUAUCUAAGUUUCA